GUUCUGUGUGUCUACAUGGUAACAGAGGUGUCCCGUAACGACUCGUGCCCGGACCUCCCAGAGAUCCAGAAUGGCUGGAAGACCACGUCCCAUACUGCCCUGGUGCGGGGUGCUCGCAUCACCUACCAGUGUGACCCCGGCUAUGACCUGGUUGGACGAGAGACUCUGAUCUGUCAGCUAGAUCUCACCUGGAGCACACAGCCCCCCUUUUGCGAGAAGAUAAUGUACUGUUCAGAUCCGGGUCAUGUAGAACAUUCCACCAGGUCUCUGUCAGACCCUAAACUCCUGGUUGGGACCACCAUCCAGUACAGCUGCUACCCCGGCUUCAUCUUGCAGGACGGCUCUACACUCACCUGCUAUGGACGAGAGCCCGGAACCCCUGUCUGGACAUCCAAAUUGCCACACUGUGUCUCCGAGGAAUCUGUUUCCUGUGAGAACCCUGGUCUUCCUGACAACGGGUACCAGGUCCUGUCCAAGCGCCUCUACCUGCCCGGCGAGUCGCUCACCUUCGUCUGUUACCAAGGUUAUGAGCUCAUCGGCGAGGUCGCCAUCAAGUGCAUCCUGGGAAAUCCGUCGUUUUGGAGCGGACCACUCCCACUGUGCAGGGCCAACCAUGACUGCUUUGGCAACCAUGCUUUGGAAGCAACACUGCUUACUGCAUCCAAGUUGCUUGAUAGAGGCGUUUCAAAGAGCUGUCAGUCAAGGCGAGCUCAUAAAUUUGCGGAAGCAGCUGCCGGGUCAGGUCUGGAUGGAGGCAACAUGGCAUUGGCUAUCUUCAUCCUUGUACUUUUGCUCUCCGUGCUGCUGGGAGGAGCCUAUGUCUACGUCACACGGUGUCGCUACAACUCCAACCUGCGGCUGCCACUCAUCCACCCACACCCCUACAGCCAGAUCACAGUGGAGAGCGAGUUUGACAACCCACUCUACGAGACAGGAGUGGACACCCGUGAAUAUGAGGUAUCAAUAUGAGGACUUUCUCAACUGUCAGAAUCCCAAAAUGAAGAAGCUUCCACCCAACCAAACCCACUCCCUACCCCAUCUCCUCCUCAGCCCCACCCAAAAGAAAGUUAUGUAAAUACAGACUGACUAUAGAUCUGCCCCUUCCCCCCAUGACCCUGUCCUCCAAUCACAGAAAGAGGAAACAGCGAGAGGGAAGAUGAGUAGGAAAGGGAGUGGAGAGGAGAGGGGGAGAAAAUAGGAGGAGAGGGGAAAGGAGAGGACAGGAGAUACUGGGUGUUUCUCAAUAUUCUUACUACCAUUCUCUGAGCAUGGUUGGAGAAUGAGUCCAAAUCAAAGUAUGCAAAAUGGCGUGCGUACUUUGCUUGUAAACAUUUCGAAGCGUGCAUCAAUGCAAGCUUCAACUGAAAUAUUCCCAGGAUUGUUGACAUAAUAUGACGCAACCACAUAAAAAACAACGCAACAUUUCUUGAAAUCAAUGGCGGCUGGUUUUGAGCUGAAGCGAGAGAAAAUGAACUCCGACUUUGGAAUGAAAGGUUGUCCACUCACAUCAUAUGUUGCCUGACUACAAUAUUUUAUCUUGAUCUUGUUCAUUUUGGCAUAUUUAACUGCCUAGAAUAUCCACUGUAGUCGUGUACAUAGACUGCAGGCUAACUGAUGAAGAAUUGGUAGCUAACUUUAGCUAGCUAAUGUUAUCCACAAAGAAUUCGUAGCUAACGUUGGCCAUCCACCCUUCAUAACAACAUUAGUUUUAGUUGUUUUUUUGUACAACUAGCUGGCUAGCUAGAUUAAUAUGAUUCACAUAUAGCUAGCUGAUAAUUACAAGCUUGGGUUUGCUUUAUGUAGGUCAUGUUUUGUCUGUAUUGGUCAAAGUUAAUACAGUAUAAUGGGAGUGCGCAGUGCUUCUCAAAUGUACAUUUGUAUGCAUUCUCCACACUCUUGUACUCACAAGAAUGUACUCAAGAGAACAUCCAAGGAGAACGAACUCGGAGCAUGAGAGUGUGGAGCAUGGCAGCAGCAUAUUGAGAAACACCCACUGUGAACAGGGCUGCAGGCGUUGGGAGAUAAAGAGACAAACACUAUUUACUCAUGUGUCUUCUAUUAGCUAUCAAAUACAGGGACAGAGGGAGGGAGAGAGGGGAAGGAAUAGGUGGGGAGAGAGGGAGACAGAAGGAGGAUGAUGGGUGAGAAGUAUAGAAGGGGUGGCAGAGAGAGGAGAGGAGGGGAUAGAACCAAAGGGAACUAAAGUAUUGGUACAUGAAUGGGGUCCAUUGAGAUGUAAAACGUAGGGGUAAAUUGGCACCUUAGAAUCUGACAGAGGAAGUGAGGUUACUAUCUCUUCCUGUCUGGGCACCAUCUUCCUGCAUUUCUAAGGCCUUGUCUUAGAACCGUUUGUAGUACUGGUUUUACCAUAGUAACUGACCUUCCAUGUGCAAGCUCAACCAACCAACCAUAACAACACCAGAAGAGACCGGCACCAGAUUAUGUAUUUAUUUUGAUGUAAAUGUGAUGUUUUAUGCAGAUUAAUUCAUGUACAUUUUCAUUUUGAGAAAAAAAAAAAUAAUAUGUACCAUGUUACUGAUUUCCUGAAAUUAAUGGUCAAAUAAAAAGUAUAACAGAAUCUUUAAAAAAAAAUAAAAAAAACACUU